AUGGCACUUUUCAGCCUUGGGCGAGGCAAACGCCUCCAAGCGGGCGUUACAGUGUGUUGUCUGAUAGCCUUCGUACUGUUCGGAUAUGAUCAGGGAGUCUUUGGUGGUAUUCUUCAAAUGCAGGAUUGGCUGGACCAGUUUGAUCAUCCCUCCGAUUCAGAAACUGGCAUCAUUGUGUCGUGCUACAACCUGGGCUGUCUCGCCGGUUGCGUUUUGAACUUUAUAUUCGGAGAAAUUCUGGGACGCCGCAAGACGAUAUGGUCCGCCAUGGCUUUGGUCAUCAUCGGAGCGACCCUCCAGACGACUGCCUUCACUGUUCCUCACUUAAUCAUAGGACGUAUUGUAACCGGCCUGGGCACCGGUAUGAAGACCUCGACCGUUCCGAUGUAUCAAUCGGAGCUGUGCGACAGAAAAUACCGCGGCCGUCUUGUCUCUGCAGAAACCCUCUUCGUGGGGGUGGGAAUCGUUUUUGCUUACUGGUUCGACUUUGGCAUGUCUUUUGUAGGCGGCCCGAUCGCAUGGCGUCUGCCUCUUGCCUUCCAGAUGGUUUUCGCCUUUGUCGUCAUCGUCCUCGUCUUUGCGCUUCCCGAGUCGCCUCGUUGGCUCUUUAAGCACGGCCGAGAGCAGGAGGCUGUACAAGUGCUGUGCGACGUCUUCGACAAAGAUCCUUCCGACAGCUACAUCCGCGAUGAGGUACACGCCAUCCAUCACGCUAUUGAACUGGAGGUUUCUGAAAAGAAAGAAUCUUCCUUCUUCAGCAUUUUCAAAAAUGACCGCGUCAGAACAGGACACCGUGUGCUCCUGGCAUGGGGAGUUCAGUUCAUGAACCAAAUUGGCGGAAUUAAUCUGGUGGUCUACUACAUCCCUAGCGUUUUAGUCCAGAAUGUGGGAAUGACGGCACAUAUGGCUCAGAUCAUUGGUGGAUGCGUCCAAAUGAUGUUUAUGUUUGGGUCUAUCCUACCCGCUCUGGCUCUUGACCGCAUGGGACGUCGCAAGACCAUGAUAUGGGGAAGCACUGGCCUGGGGAUUUGCAUGCUGAUGAUAUCGGUGCUCCUCUCUCGCGUUGGUUUCCCUAACGGCCAGGCAUGUGCCACGGCUGCGGUAGCCUUCUUCUUCCUAUACAAUCUCAUCUUUGGUAUGGGAAUGAACUGCGUCCCGUGGGUGGUAGUUCCCGAGAUCCUCCCCCUGCAUGCCAGAACCCGUGGUACCGCCGUCGGCAUCAGCUCCAACUGGCUUUGGAACUUCUUUGUGGUCAUGAUAACGCCGGUUAUUAUUAACCGUCUCCAAUGGAAGGCGUAUCUCAUAUUUGUGGUAACCAACUUCGCCUUCGUCCCGAUAAUUUACUUUUUCUACCCCGAGACAAGCAACUUCCGUUUAGAAGACAUCGACGAGUUCUUCACCCAAGGUCGUAGCCCAGUCAAGGUUGCAAGGGAGAUGACAAAGGCUAUGAAGAGUGGAGCUGGCACCUCUGGAACGGACGUGGAGAAGCGGGUUUCGAACGCAUCGGAGAAGAAUGGUGUGCAUGUAGAGCACUCAUGA